ACAUUGAAUGUUGUUUGAACAUACAUAUACAUAAAAAUGCAUUUUGCUAUUUUUUGGAAAUUGAAGGACUUUGUGUUAUACGUGUUAUUGUUUAAUUUUUCGUAAUUAAUAGUAGAGUAUUAACGCUUCAGUUUUACUUGUUGAUGAGGCCGCCAGCCAUAAAAACUGUAGAAAACUAUUUGCCUUAUAAAAUGGCGACGUGUUAGCAUUAUGUUUAUUACAGUAGUUACAGCCAUAUUACUGGAAGAUACUUAGAAUCUUUAUAGUACUUCCAUUGUUUAUUUAGAGAGGAGAAAAUCAUUAGGAACACCUCUUAGUGUGGUGUAUUGCAGUUCUGCACAAUGCAAACUACAAGGUUAAUUAUAGUAUUUCUCUGUGCGAAAGCCACAACUUUCAAUACACUUGUGUACCUAAUUUUGUGGUUUCUCUCUGGCUCGCUGCACUUCUGCUCGCCUUGGACCACUUCACCCUCCCCUGCUGUCUAUCUCCUCACCCUUACUGUGCAGCUGUCAAUAAUUGAUGAUCUUUAGUGACUCUCAAAGGGUAACAGGUCCGUACAGAAAAUCAUGUAUCAUGUGUCAUUUCCUUUAUUUAUUCACAAGUCCAUCUUUAAGAGCCAGCACAAGCAUGUUUGUGACUUGACGGCAGAAGCCACUUUGUGGUAUUGCUGGUAUCCUGCGACUUGUGCUUUAAGCUGCAUGAAUGACAGCAGGACAGAAAAGAAAGAGUGACGGGAAGCUUUAAAUGAGAGAGCGAGUACAAACAUGGAGGGAGAAAAGAGAGAAGAUGCAUCCUUGUCUAGAAAGAGAAGCUUCACUUUUGGGGCUUAUGGAAGCGUGGAAACUGAUCCAGGAGCUCAACCCGCAGAGGACAAAACAGUGGACAUGUUGGACUCUCCUGUCAAUGAGAGGAAGUCAAUCCACUCUGCAAGCAACAACCAGAAGGAAACAGAGCUGUUUGAAAUCAUAGAAAAACUCCAGGGCAGCAGACUUGAUGAGCAGCGAUGUGAGUUCCCUCUACCUCUUAAGUCUCAGCUUUUAAUGAUAGGUGGAGAUCUGCCAAUCAUCCUCCCGUCAAAGCUGGGGGGAUACUGGAUAGACCCUCCUUUGGGGAGGCUUGCAGAUGACAGUCCCACUUCCUCGCAUCACGGCUUCCACGGUGACGGUUACGAAAUCAUGGAAAGAGACGGCGAGGCCAAAAUUUACCACCAGUUCUUCCGCUCACGGUAUCACCAUUCAUUCACAGCAGUAGAUCCUUCUUUAGGGCCUCUGGUUCUGUCUGUGUGUUUGGAGGAGGAGGACAAUCGGAUGCGAGUCAUACUAAGAAUGAAAGAGUGUUCUCUGCAUGGGGUUUUCUCCCUGUCGCUUUUUCCCGGCAUUCCUUCAGCUGUGGAACUGGCAAAGAUGCUGUGUGACAGAGUGACUGUCUCCAAGUUUGAAGUCGUGUGCUACCUCAAAGCUCCAUUGCUAAUAAGUGCAUUCGAUGAGCACCGAGUGUCUUCCAAUUUCAAAUUUGGCGUGCUGUACCAGAAAGAAGAUCAGUUCACUGAGGAAGACAUACUUAGUAACAACGAGGAAAGUGAAGAGUUCACAGAGUUCCUGUCUAUUAUGGGGGACACUGUUCAACUGCAAGGCUUCACUGGCUUCAGAGGAGGCCUCGAUGUAUGUCACGGCCAGACAGGAAACCAAGCAGUUGUUACCUCCUUUCAUGGGAAAGAAAUCAUGUUCCACGUGGCAACCAAACUGCCCUUCACCGAUGGCGACCCACAGCAAUUACAAAGAAAGAGACACAUCGGCAAUGACAUCGUGGCGCUGGUCUACCAGGAAGGUCAAACACCUUUCCUCGCUGAUGUCAUUAAGUCACACUUCCUGCACUGUUUCAUCGUGGUCCGGAGGGUUCCGAGGAAGGCGGCGAAAGACACAGGCCACGCAUAUCAGAUAUGUAUUACAGCCAGAGAAGACGUUCCUCCAUUUGGUCCUGUCCUCCCAGAACCCCCCAUCUUCACCGAUCGCUCUCUGCUGAGAGAGUUCCUCCUGACCAAGCUCAUCAAUGCAGAGAUUUCCUGCUAUAAAGCCGAGCAAUUCAGCAGACUGGAGCUGCGCACUCGUUCAUCACUUCUGGAAAGUCUCCAGGCCGAGCUGUCCACCCGUUCUCAGUGCAUGAUGAGGGAGCCAUCACCUUCUCCCAGUGCUGAGGGUGUCAGGGGGGUGUCCGAAGGGAGUGGGGGUUUUAUUGAGAACUUUAAGCGAGCCAUCAGAGUGAGGAGCCACUCAUUCGAGACCCUCAGCGUGCCCAGGAAGAUUAGCGUCAUCUCACCACAGAAGCCUAAGGCAGAGAGGGAUGCAGAGAGCGACAAAAUAUCUGACUUGGGACCGGCCGAGGUCAGAGAUCAAGCAAGUCCUCAAGAGGAUACGUAAACCAGUUUGCAGAGUUUUGAUGUUAAUAGUGCACAUAUAUAUAGCCUGUAUGCUCACCUUACUGCCCUGUUGAUGACUCAUGUAAAUAGAGAUUAAAGGUAGUAUCGCUACUGAUGUGAUUGUUUCACUAUAAUAAUGGCAGUGA